AUGAUUUUCAAUCUGUCGAAUAUUAUGAUUCAAAUUAAAUCAUUCCUAUUGGAAAGUGUUUCAACUAAAGUAGAAUUCUGGGUACACAUUAGAGUUUUAGAUUCAAAUAUUAGUUAA